GAGAUGCAGGAAUCAAUGAUAGGGAGGUUGGACAGCUCAGUUCCCCAGUGCCAGCCCAAUAGACGGAUGAGUUAUUGUCAUGUAAAAAGCGCCAGCAAUAAGACCAACCGCUUUGCUAUUGUCCAAGUGGAAAGAGCCAAGUUUAUUAUGAGGACUAUAUGCUCUAGAGACCUCAGACAAGGCAUCUCAUAGGAGGCUUUUUCAUAAAACUAGGCUCUGCUGGUAGUAAGGAGGCCAGUUUGGAGGCAGGCGUUGAGCUGUGCACAUCUCCCCACUCCAGCCACCUUCUCCAUACCCAUCUUUUAUUUCAUUUUUCCACUUGGCUGAGCCAUCCAGAGCCUUUUCAAUGUAUAAAAUGGAAUAUUCUUACCUCAAUUCCUCUGCCUACGAGUCCUGUAUGGCUGGGAUGGACACCUCGAGCCUGGCUUCAGCCUAUGCUGACUUCAGUUCCUGCAGCCAGGCCAGUGGCUUCCAGUAUAACCCGAUAAGGACCACUUUUGGGGCCACGUCCGGCUGCCCGUCCCUCACGCCGGGAUCCUGCAGCCUCGGCACCCUCAGGGACCACCAGAGCAGUCCGUACGCCGCAGUUCCUUACAAACUCUUCACCGACCACGGCGGCCUCAACGAAAAGCGCAAGCAGCGGCGCAUCCGCACCACUUUCACUAGCGCGCAGCUCAAAGAGCUGGAGAGGGUCUUCGCAGAGACGCACUACCCUGACAUCUACACCCGGGAGGAGCUGGCUCUGAAGAUCGACCUCACCGAGGCGCGAGUCCAGGUGUGGUUCCAGAACCGCCGCGCCAAGUUCCGCAAGCAGGAGCGGGCAGCAGCGGCCGCCGCGGCCGCGGCCAAGAACGGCUCUUCGGGAAAGAAGUCCGAUUCGUCCCGGGACGACGAGAGCAAAGAGGCCAAGAGUACCGACCCGGACAGCACUGGGGGCCCCGGCCCCAACCCCAACCCCACUCCCAGUUGCGGGGCGAGUGGCGGCGGCGGCGGCGGGCCCAGCCCGGCAGGAGCCCCGGGGGCUGCGGGGCCCGGGGGCCCGGGAGGUGAACCCGGCAAGGGAGGCGCGGCGGCGGCGGCGGCGGCUGCGGCGGCGGCUGCUGCGGCUGCAGCGGCGGCAGCGGCCGGGGGUCUGGCUGCAGCCGGGGGCCCUGGACAAGGCUGGGCUCCCGGCCCCGGGCCCAUCACCUCCAUCCCGGAUUCUCUCGGGGGCCCCUUCGCCAGUGUCCUAUCUUCGCUCCAAAGACCCAACGGUGCCAAAGCCGCCUUAGUGAAGAGCAGUAUGUUCUGA